GAAAGACGAAGAUCCAGUUAAAAGCCGGGAACAGAAAACGAAAAAUAUGGAAAGAGAUGACCACCAGGGAACUACGUCAGCUAUGAAAGGAAAAUCCGAAGAAUUGCCUUUUAAGGAAGAAGCAAGCAGAAGUGGAGAAGUCUUUAUUCAUCUUCUGAUGAAAAAACUAGCCGCCAAACAUUGA